AUGACGCAAUCACUGCCGCCACGGUGGCAACAGCAGCAUGAACCGUUGCCUCGCAGCGCCGACUUGUGGCGAGGUGGCGAAGGUAAGAGUCUGCAUCCACUGCACUCAAAUGGUCCUCGCAGUGGAGUCGCGUGGGCGCUGUGUCUCGUCUUAGCGCUGGGGCGCCAUACGUGUAGUACUAGACUACUGGAUGCAAAGUGAUCCGAGCAUUGCUUUCGAGGAGGGCUCGUUGCGACACGAUCAUUGCGGCUCGAGCCCAGAGCGGCUAGCGGCGUAUCUUGCGAGAUUGAGAAUCGAAUGAUUAUGAUGGUGGCGCUCAACUCGAAGGGACGCGCGGCGAAACGACCAUUCUCAUGCCAGCUCGGAGCCUCGAGAGCCGCCUGCGCGCCGAGGUGCCGCCCAACCUCCGCUGCAUCGAGGAGACGAUCGCGUCGUUGCCGGCGCACCUCCGAGGUCCGGUGGACGCGCGGCCGCUGCGCAUGUAUUACUUGGAGUCGGCCAUCCACACAUACCGCGAGAACGACCACCUCCAGCCGUCGCCGCAAUACGUCGACUGGGCCGCGUCGAGCGUGCUGCUCGCGGACCCGCGCUUUCGUCUCUUGCGACUCUCGACGGCCGAGGCGCAGGCGCUCGCCGUGCAGGAGUGGCGCACGCACCUGACGCGGUCCGUGUACCAAGCGCGUCUCAACCCGCACGAGAUGCUCGACGGCCCGGUGGUGACGCGGUCGAAAAGCGGUGUCAUCCGCGUCCAGGCCGAGCUUGGGCCCCACCAAGUCAUCGACAGCAUGAGCGCCGUGCCCAUCAAGAAGCAAAGUAGGGCGGCCAAGACGUCCAAGGCGACCCGCAUGAGCAGCCACAGCCAGCGCUCAUAGCUGCCGACGCCUUGUCCACCAGCACGGAUAGAUGGUCGGACAGGCUGUGGGAAAGUUCAAAAGGCUGCGUUUUUAUACUGCC